AUGGCUAUCAACGACACCCCCACCAACGGCAACACACACCCCAUCACCGCCGCCUCCAAGACCAACACCACCAACAUCACCUCUCAGUCCAAUGCCGCCGACCCUCAGUCUUCCUUUGCCGUCAAGGUCGGCCUCGCCCAGAUGCUCAAAGGCGGCGUCAUCAUGGAUGUCGUCGACGCCGAACAAGCACGCAUAGCCGAAGAGGCCGGCGCCGUAGCCGUCAUGGCCCUCGAGCGUGUCCCCGCUGACAUUCGAAAGGACGGCGGAGUCGCACGAAUGUCCGACCCCGCGAUGAUCAAAGACAUAAUGAAAGCCGUCACCAUUCCCGUCAUGGCCAAGGCGAGAAUAGGACACUUUGUCGAAUGUCAGAUCCUGCAGGCUAUUGGAGUGGAUUACAUCGAUGAGUCGGAGGUUCUCACACCGGCAGAUCCUGUGAAUCAUGUGGAUAAGAGUGUGUACACUGCGCCUUUUGUAUGCGGGUGCAGGAAUCUGGGAGAGGCACUGAGAAGGAUUUCCGAGGGUGCGGCUAUGAUCCGUACCAAAGGUGAAGCGGGGACGGGAGAUGUUAUCGAGGCUGUGAGACACAUGUCGACUGUCAAUGCGGAGAUUGCAAAGGCGAGCUCCAUGUCGGAUGCAGAUCUGAGGAUGAUGGCGAGAGAGUUGGAAUGUGACUAUGCUCUGCUGAAGCAGACUGCUCAGCUCAAGAGGUUGCCUGUUGUCAAUUUCGCUGCGGGAGGAAUUGCCACGCCGGCUGAUGCUGCACUCAUGAUGCAAAUGGGCUGCGAUGGUGUCUUCGUCGGGUCAGGAAUCUUCAAGUCUGGUGAUGCGGCAAAGAGGGCAAAGGCCAUUGUUCAGGCCACGACACACUUCAACGAUCCCAAGGUGCUCGCUGAGGUCAGCUCUGGUCUGGGAGAGGCCAUGGUUGGUAUCAACUGCGACAAGCUGCCGGAGCAACAGAAGCUGGCCAAGCGUGGAUGGUAAACUUCUGACGAUGGAGGAACAAAAAAAAACAUGUUGCGAUGGAGUUGUAAGCAUAGCAAUGGGCGCCCGUGGGAUAGAAUUUUGAUGGAGCCAAAAGACAAUGUACACAUGGGAAAAGCAAGAGAGGUCAUUUUGGUCCUCAUUUCUUGUUUUGUAAUCUUGUGAUGCGGCUUUCCGCGCUCUCUAGAGUAGUAUCUCAAACCAAAG